AUUAAUACGCAUCGCCUGCGCGCGCGCAACUCAGUAGGAGGCAGCUUGCGCUCGCUUCGUGUCGUUGCUAAUCAGGCGUUUCGCCUAGUUGCCGGCAAACGUGCUACGACCGCGACUAUUACUGCACUCACAAAAUGACGAUAUUCGCACCAAACUGAAGUUGCGUGACUGGACUAUAAGCCCGGGGACAUAAUUAACAAACUUUAUUUUUUAUAUUUUUUUAAAUUGUAAAAUCAAAAUGGUUAGUGGCAAUAAAGAUCCGUGCGAUCUCAAAAAAGUGCCACCAAAGAAUCGUGAGAAGAAAACGAACAAUUACAAGAGAGCCAAUUGGUUUUCAAAAACAUGGUUCAUCUGGAUGAUGCCCACCUUCUGGAGAGGUUACAAGCGGGACCUGUACGACUCGGACCUCACCAAACCCAAAGACAGCCACCUCUCCGACAAGCUUGGCGAUCGACUCGAAAAAAAAUGGCUGGAAGAAAUUGCACUGGCGAGCAAGCAGGGCCGUAAACCAUCUUUACUUCGUGCAAUGACCAAGGCUUUCUGGAUGAGUUACGCUCCUUCCGGCAUUAUGUUCCUCAUACAAGCACUCGUACUCAAGCCUUUCCAACCGGUGGCGUUGAGCUUGAUGCUUACGUACUGGGAGCCAGGCUCGACCAUGUCGUACGAACAAGCCGUGUACUGCGCGACUGCCGUCAUCAUGAUGUCGCUGGUCAUCGCCUUCCUCAACCACCACGGCACCUACUCCACGCAACAAUUUGGCAUGAAAGUCCGCAUCGCUGCCUGCUCACUUAUUUAUAGAAAGGUAAUGCGCAUGAGUUCCGGCGCGCUCGCGCAGACCACAGCGGGGCAAGUCGUCAAUCUAUUGUCGAACGACGUGAACCGUUUUGACUACGCCUUCAUCUACACACAUUUCAUCUGGCUUCUUCCCCUACAAGUCAUCGUGGUCUGCUACCUCAUAUACUUGAAGAUAGGCUAUGCCGCCAUCGUAGGUGUCAUUGGCAUUGUGUUGCAAACGAUACCCGUGCAGUCUUACAUGAGUAAAUUGGCUGCAAGGUUACGAAUGAGGACCGCGUGCAAAACUGAUGAGCGCGUGCGAAUCAUGGACGAAAUUAUUAAUGGCAUGCAGGUAAUAAAAAUGUAUGCCUGGGAGAAGCCAUUUGAGCAGGUAGUCGCCCUGGCUCGGAAAAACGAAAUCAAAUGCAUUACGUCAGCGUCGUACCUUCGAGGAGUAUACCUGAGCUUCAUGGUGUUCACGGAGAGACUCACCCUGUACAUAACACUGCUAUCCUACUCUCUAUUCGGCUACCAAGUUACCGCGGACAUUGCGUUCCCGCUGGCACAAAUGUUCAACAUACUUCAGGGCACACUAGCAAUGAAUUUUUCGUCAGGCCUUUCAUUGACUAUGGAGUCUUAUACCUCUGUAAAACGUAUCGAGGCACUUUUAAGUUUGGAUGAGCGAGAGGAUCUCCGCAGUGUGCCGGACGUAGACAUCGCUAAAUUGGUGCAAAUGGUGGACAAUAAGAAGAAAAAGAUCAAUUUGAGCGAAGUUGACCUUCGUCCUAACACGUUUAAGAAGAUCGACGAGGAAGGAAUUUACAACCCCGGAUUCGAGUGCAACGAAAAAGGUCUGAUGACUUCAACUCUAUGCCCAAUGCCCGUGAACGUGGGCAUCUUGAUCCAAAACGUGAGCGCCAGCUGGACUGACGACGGACCUAUUACGUUGAACCAGCUUAACCUUAUGGUGCCCAAAGGAAAGCUGUGUGCCAUCAUAGGCUCUGUUGGAUCUGGAAAGAGUUCCGUUCUGCAGUUGCUGCUGAGCGAACUUCGGUCAAGCAAUGGCCGCAUCUACCUGUCUGGCCCGCUGUCGUACGCAAGCCAGGAGCCAUGGCUCUUCGUAGCCACCGUCAGGCAGAACAUACUGUUUGGCCUCCCCUACAACUCUAAAAAGUACAAAGAAGUGGUAAGAGUUUGUGCUCUCCAAAAAGACUUCCAGCAGUUUCCUCACGGUGACCAGACGCUGGUCGGUGAGCGAGGAGCCUCCCUGUCGGGCGGACAGCGAGCCCGCAUCAACCUCGCCAGAGCAGUGUAUAGACAAGCUGAGAUAUACCUACUGGACGACCCGCUGUCAGCGGUGGACGCGCACGUGGGCCGGCAGCUGUUCGACGAGUGCAUCAGCGGGUACCUUCGCCACACCACGCGCGUGCUCGUCACGCACCAACUGCACUACCUCAAGGCUGCCGACUACAUCGUCAUCAUGAAUAAUGGUUCUGUGGAAGCUAAAGGGUCAUACGACGAAUUGGUGAGCACAGGGAAAGACUUCGCGAAGUUGCUUUCAUCCAGCCACGAUGAAAACGAAGACAAGAAAGAUGUGGAGAAACCACCCCCAAUGUCCAGACGAACGUCUGCUAGAUUAUCAACAACUCGCCGUCCGUCACUAUGCGAGUCAACAGGCGGUUGUGAAGUAGCUCAAGAGAUGGAGGAAGAGGAACGCGAGUCAGGCUCUAUGGGCUGGCGGGUGUAUGGCGCGUAUCUCCGAGCCGGAGGCAAGGCGCCGCCACUGUUGUUCAUGAUUCUACUGCUCGUGAUCGGACAACUAUCGGCUACGCUCUGCGACUAUUGGGUCACAUUCUGGACAAACGAAGUGACGACGUUAAAAGAGAAAGCUAAUAACAGAACAAUAAAAGACUACCACGUAGACCGAUCGCCACCACUCGACAAUGGGACAUUCAAUUUAUCCAGCUACUUCUCUGGAGUUAAUUUGCAGCCAGACCUGGACAUCCACGCUUUCAUAGGCCCUCUGGAUACAUCUCAAUAUUUGUAUGUCUACUCGGCGCUAAUCGUUUGCUGUAUCUUCUUCAUCACGGCGCGUGCAUUCAUGUUCUUCAAGGUUUGCAUGACAGCGUCCCGCAACCUUCAUAACGACAUGUUCCAUUCCAUGCUCCGGGGCGUUAUGAGGUUCUUUGACACUAACUCCUCUGGACGUAUUCUUAACAGAUUCUCUAAGGAUAUUGGAGCCCUCGAUGAAUUGUUGCCUCGUUUCCUACUCGAGUGUAUACAGAUCUACCUAGUGAUGUUCAGUAUCCUAGCACUAAAUGCUGCUGCUCUCAUCUGGACGCUGCUGCCUACCACUAUCAUCCUAUUAUUGUUCUACACUAUACUCCAAAUCUACCUUAAGUCUGCACAGGGUAUCAAAAGACUGGAAGGCACAACUCGAAGUCCUGUCUUCUCCCAUAUGUCGGCCACUCUCAACGGCAUCAGCACUAUCCGAUCAGCUGGCGCAGAACAAAGAUUGAUUCAAGAAUUUGAUAGAUUCCAGGAUAUCCACACGUCCACGUGGAGCAGCUACCUGGCGAGCGGCGUGACGCUCGGCUUCUGGUUGGACUUCAUCUGCGUCAUAUACCUAACAAUCGUCAUUGUCGCCUUCCUUGUUAUUGAUAGCAAAACGAUAUUCUCCGGGAACGUGGGCCUGGCGAUAUCACAAACGUUGAUCCUGACGGGCAUGCUGCAGUUUGGUGUCCGUCAGACGGCAGAGGUCAUCUCGCAAAUGACCAGCGUUGAGCGCAUACUGCAGUACACACACAUCGAACGGGAGCCCAAGUGGGACAAAGGAGAGAAAGAAACGCCUGCUGGAUGGCCGUCACGCGGUCGAAUUCAGUUCAAAAAUUGCUACAUGAAGUAUACUCCCGAAGACUUGCCAGUGCUUAAGAAUCUCAAUUUAGUUAUAGAAAGUGGAUGGAAGGUUGGUAUCGUGGGCCGGACGGGGGCCGGCAAGUCAUCACUGAUCUCCUCGCUGUUCCGCCUCGCCAUCGUGGAGGGAGAAGUUUUCAUUGAUGACGUUGACACGUCUUACUUAGCUUUACAAGAGCUGCGAUCGAAAAUAUCCAUCAUACCUCAGGAGCCAGUGCUGUUCUCAGCGACCGUUCGGUACAACUUGGACCCGUUCAAUAACUACGAUGAUGAACAACUGUGGCAGGCGUUGGAAGCUGUGGAUCUCAAAGCCGCAGUGCCGGCGCUGGACUUCAAGGUGUCAGAAGGAGGGUCGAAUUUCUCACUGGGACAGCGACAGCUCGUAUGCCUUGCGCGCGCCAUCCUCCGCGCCAAUCGCAUCCUCGUACUGGACGAGGCUACUGCCAACGUAGACCCUAAGACGGAUGAAUUUAUCCAAAGAACAAUAAGAACGCGCUUCGCGGACUGCACCGUGCUGACGGUGGCUCAUCGACUGAACACCAUCAUGGACUCGGACCGAGUCAUGGUGAUGGAUUCGGGACGGCUGGUAGAGUUUGACCACCCCUACCUCCUCCUUAGCAACCCCGAGGGACACUUCACCAAGAUGGUCAAAGAAACCAGUGAAAAAAUGUCCGCGCAGCUAUUCCAGAUAGCAAAGAACACAUACCUUAGUAGUGGUGGAGUAAUAUAACAGUGUCAUUCUCUAUAUAGUUUCGUAAGAAAUUUGUUAUAAGUACUCUAAACGGCCAUCGCAUUGGAAUACUUGUUUUGGGAAUCAGGUAGUGUCUUUACUUGCCUACUGAACUCAUAAUAACCCAGUAAAGGACACGGUCACAAAACCCAUAAUAUUCAUUUAGGUAAAUCCCUACUCUUACUUACCUACAGUUGUCCUAAACGUUUGUAGGAAUUACAGAACUACGCAAUUUAAAAGGUUUUUAAAUUCUUCUAAUCCGAGUUUAAUAAUAUAAAUAUUUAAACUCUUGAUAAUUUAAGACUUCUUCAUCUAAAGUUACAAAAUAAUUAUUCCAAUGUAGAUAAAAGAAUUUAUAGUGUGAGUAAAUAGUGUUAAGUACAGUGCAGGAAAAAAACUGUGUUAUUUAUUUUACUAUGAAAUUGUAUCAUAUCAGUAACGACGUGUAAGUUAAAAAAUGACCAUUACAAAUGCCAUAGAGGUUACCUACCCUCGAAAAAUAAAACAUAAGCAUUUAAAAAAUA